AUGGUUCCCCGACCAUCACCUCUAACUUCCUCUCUGUUAACAUCCUUCCUACGACCAUCGGCUUCGAUACCACAAUCCUACAUAUUCACACCAUGCCGGCGCAAUCUACAUCGCGGGCUCCCUGAAAACGGGCGCGUUCCUCCCCCGACACCAUUUGUGCCUGACGUGCCGACGUUCCUCACGCUCAUUGGACGCGAACUAUCGAAGCACGCGAGCAAGAUUGAAUCCUGGGACGAGCUGUUCACAUUGACGUCGCAACAACUAAAAGAGCGGGGGAUUGAACCGCCCCGAACCCGGCGGUACCUGCUCCGGUGGCGGGAGAAGUUCCGCAAAGGCGACUAUGGAAUUGGCGGGGAUUUUCAACAUGUCAAGGACGGCGUGGCCGAAUUGAGAGUUGUCGAAGUGCCUAGUCUGAAAAAGGACCCAGAGACUGGCGAGCCGCUGUCCGGUCCUGUCACUGUCGGCAGGAGCCCAGGGAUGCAGAAGCUGAUUGUGAACGUGCCGAAUGGGUCGACGACCUACUCUCUGCAACCGGGCCAGACGACGGCAGACCUCAAAAAGCCUAAGGGGUUCAAGCUGAAGAACGGCUAUAUCAUAAAGGGCAAACAGGCACAUCCAAUCAAGGGAACCUAUGGAAGCGGAGUCAUGGUCAAGGUUACAGAAGGGCUUUGGGAGCAUAAACGCGGACACAAGGUGCAUGGCGGUGAGAGGAGAAGGGCAGAAACUCUGCACAAGUUGAGGGUUGAAGAGAGCAGGAAGAAUGCGAGAUAA